GGAGGGCUAAGACUUGGCAGUGUGGGACCCCGCGCACGCGCCUUCUGAGCCCACCUACUCAGCUCGGGCCUCCGCGGGCCUGCAGAGGGCGCUGCGCCUCGGAGAGCAAGACAUCUGGGUUGGAGCGCCGCUCUAGCCAGCGUCCGAGCUCGGUGGCGGGUGCCGCUGCUCCACGUCCCCCAAGCGGCCUCCCGGCGCAGGUUUCACAGGCGGCCACUGGACCCCUCCGGUCUUGAACCCUGAGCCGACACCAUGCACGGGCGCCUGAAGGUGAAGACUUCGGAAGAGCAGGCGGAGGCCAAAAGGCUAGAACGGGAACAGAAGCUGAAGCUCUACCGGUCGGCCACCCAGACCGUCUUCCAGAAGCGCCAGGCUGGCGAGCUGGAUGAGUCAGUGCUGGAACUGACAAGCCAGAUUCUGGGAGCCAACCCUGACUUCGCUACCCUCUGGAACUGUCGACGCGAGGUGCUCCAGCGGCUGGAGGCCCAAAAGUCCCCUGAGGAGUUGGCCGCUCUGGUGAAGGCAGAACUGGGCUUCCUGGAGAGCUGCCUGAGGGUGAACCCCAAGUCCUAUGGUACCUGGCACCAUCGCUGCUGGCUGCUGAGCCGCCUGCCAGAGCCCAACUGGGCACGGGAGCUGGAGUUGUGUGCCCGCUUCCUCGAGGUUGAUGAACGGAACUUUCAUUGCUGGGACUACCGGCGCUUUGUGGCUGCACAGGCAGCUGUGCCCCCUGCAGAGGAGCUUGCCUUCACCGACAGCCUCAUUGUUCGAAACUUCUCCAACUACUCUUCCUGGCAUUACCGCUCCUGCCUCCUGCCCCAGCUUCAUCCCCAGCCAGACUCUGGACCACAGGGGCGCCUCCCUGAGGAUGUGUUGCUCAAAGAGCUGGAGCUGGUGCAGAACGCCUUCUUCACCGACCCCAAUGAUCAGAGCGCCUGGUUCUAUCACCGCUGGCUCCUGGGACGAGCUGACCCCCAGGAUGCUCUGCGCUGCCUGCACGUGAGCCGGGAUGAGGCCUGUCUGACGGUCUCCUUCUCUCGGCCCCUCUUGGUGGACUCUGGGAUGGAGACCUUGCUGCUCUUCGCUGAUGAAUCACCCCUGGCUGUGGAGUGGAGGACUCCAGAUGGCAGGAACCGGCCCAGCCCUGUCUGGCUCUGUGACCUGCCCGCUGCCUCCCUCAACGACCAGUUGCCCCAACAUACAUUUCGUGUCAUUUGGACAGCAGGCGAUGUCCAGAAGGAGUGUGUGCUCUUAAAAGGCCACCAUGAGGGCUGGUGCCGGGACUCGGCCACCGAUGAGCAGCUCUUCAGGUGUGAGCUGUCGAUAGAGAAGUCCACGGUGCUACAGUCUGAGCUUAAAUCCUGUAAGGAGCUACAGGAGCUGGAGCCUGAGAAUAAAUGGUGCCUGCUCACCAUCAUCCUGCUGAUGCGGGCGCUGGACCCCCUCCUGUAUGAGAAGGAGACACUGCAGUACUUCCAGACCCUCAAGGCUGUGGACCCAAUGCGGGCAGCAUACCUGGACGACCUGCGCAGCAAGUUCUUGCUGGAGAACAGUGUACUCAAGAUGGAGUAUGCAGAGGUGCGCGUGCUGCACCUGAGCCACAAGGACCUGACGGUGCUCUGCCAUCUGGAACAGCUGCUGUUGAUCACUCAUCUUGACCUGUCGCACAAUCGUCUCCGAGCCUUGCCCCCUGCCCUGGCUGCCCUGCGUUGUCUUGAGGUGCUGCAGGCCAGCGAUAAUGCCAUAGAGUCCCUGGACGGUGUCACUAACCUGCCCCGGCUGCAGGAGCUCUUACUGUGCAACAACCGUCUCCAGCAGCCUGCAGCACUUCAGCCUGUUGCCUCCUGCCCCAAGCUGGUGCUCCUCAACCUGCAGGGCAACCCACUGUGCCAAACAGUGGGCACCUUGGAACACCUGGCCGAGCUGCUACCUUCAGUCAGCAGCAUCCUCACCUAAGAGACCCUGCCCCCGUCCUUGCCCUCUAACUUAUUAGGACUGAAUAAAGAAUGGAGAGGCGUCUCAGGCU